AAAAUAAACAUAGUUAGACUUUUAAGUUUAUCGGUAAUUUUUAUUUAGACAGUUAAAUUAUAAUAUGUUUUAUAUGAGAACUUCAAUGUAUAUAUGAUAAUUUACUUCUAUAAAUAUUUUCGCCUCAAUUUUUAGAGACACUCAUUGGCAAUAGUUUUCUUGUUGUUGCAUUAGGAAUGGGGCGGAUUUAUUAAUUGGUGAAGUUUAAUUAGUAAUGUGUGAAUAGUGAAUUUGCUUAUAAAUAAUAUUAAUAAGUUAAAUUAUAACAAAUAGUUGAGUGUCACGUAUUUUAAAAAAUAUUUAAAUAGUUUAAAUUUAAAAUUGUUAAAUAAAUGGUUAAUUUUAAACCCAAAGGUAGAUUACAAGGGUAUGUUGGAGCCAAUAGAUAGUUGAGAAUGGUAUUUUGGAGCUAAUAGAUAGUUGAGAAUGAUAUUUAGGAGAAACUAAGUAGAUGGAAGAUAGUUUUGUAUCAUUUCUAAUAGGGCAAAAUUUAUAUAUAGCAAAGAAAAAAUUGAUAAUUUUAUAUUUUAGCAAACAAUACAAAAUUGUGUUCCGUAGCAAACUUUUAGUUUGCUACGGGUCUUCUUUUCUGUAUAAAUGAUCCAUUUAUACAUUUCCAAUUUAAAAAGAAAAAAGAAAACGCGGCAGAUAAUUAAGAAAAAUAUCCCACAAUUCACGCGAAAUCAACUUCAGUUUUAGUCUACCUUCUUCUCCUUCGAUAGAAGUAGCUCCAUUGUAGGCAAUUCAAAAAAUUGAUCAAGCUAUUGAAGGUUUUAAGCAAUCAAGCAAGAUAAAAAAAAUUUAGAGAUAGAAAUAAGAGGUAAUUCUGAUUGUGUUUUUUAUUUUGUCGACAAUGGUGUUUAAAAUUCAAAUUUUUAUUUUUUAAUUUCAUCAAAUCAGUUGAAUGUAUAUUGAGAUGUGAAUAUUUGUCCGUAAUUGAUUUGAUUAGUUAUUUUGAAUUAUAAAAAAAAUUGUGAAAAAAUUGUUGUUAAUUUGGAAUCAAUUAUUUGAGAUUUGCUCCAAUCGUAGAAUUAUUUGAAUUUGUAACUAUAUAUGAGAUCUGAUUUGAAUUAUGCAACUAUUAUGUUUUCGUUUUAUACAUUACAUCUUAAUUUUGUUUUUCGAAUUUUCAUAAUAUGUAUAUGUGGUUAACUGUAUUAGAUUGUUGUUUGUAUGUUCGAAUCUAUCAUAUAUUGUGUUAUUUGGUAAAUUGUAUAAUUGAAUGGAACUGUUGUCUAUUAAAUACGAAUUUGUCCAUUAUAUUCAUGUCCUGUUUUAUUGUUGCUAUUGAAUUGUAUACUUCUAUAAAGCUAUAAUUUUGUGUAUAUAGAGUUUUUUUUUUUGUAUAAUUUGAAAAUGUGCAUAAGCUUAAAACAGAAGUUUAUAUAGUAUGUAUAAGUACAUAUAUAUAAUUUGAUUUUGUAUACAGAAAUUCUGAAAAUGGUUUCACUGGCUAUAUUGGUUAUGCAUUCUGGUAGAUGGGAUAAUGGCAAUUGUUACGUUGAUUAUACAAUUGAGGGGUGAUUUUUAAAGAAAGGUCAUCGUAUAAUAAGUUGUAUAAUGUCAUUGCAAUUCAACUAGGAUUGAUAUGAAUGUGAAUAAACUCAAAAUUGAGUAUAAGAUUGAAGAAGGCAAGACACCCAUGUUGAUUCACAACGACAUAGGUAUUAGAGUUUAUAUUAUGCUUAAAAAGUCUGGAAAUGAGUUCAACAAGUAUCCACUGUGUAUUAACAAACUGCCUAGUAUAAUUGGUACCAAUGAACUGUGUGGAAGUUCAAAUCAAGAUAGUGAUACGAUAACAUCUAUUAGCAUCAAUGAGAAUGAUGAAUUUGAUAAUAGGCAGCCUGCCUAUUGGUGAGUUGGUAGAGCCGCUUCAUAUUUUGGUGUCAGGGAGCUGCGAUUGAGUUAUUUCAGAUCCUUGUAAUAAGUUCGUGGAGGUGACCAAGCGUAUAAGACCAAAGACAUAUUGAAAUAUGUGAUGGAAAAAUAUGCAAUUGAAAAAAGAUUUCAAUAUAGAACAAUGAUGUCAAACGCAAUCAGGUACCUGCUUUAUACAUACAAAUAUGUAACCGUAUAAGUAUUUGUAUAUUAAUGUGUUGUGCUGUUUUUACUAAUGUAGUUAUACACUGGAGUGUAUUUCUGAUGAAUGUAAAUGGUUGAUGAAAGCAUUUAAUGUCAAUAAGUCUGGUAUGUUUAGAAUAAGAGCAUUUAAUAUAGACCAUACUUGUCCUUUGAAGGAUAAAGUGUAUUCACAAAAAUAUGCCACAAGCAUGCUGAUUAGAGGGAUCGUUAAACCCAAACUUGUUGAUCACAAGAGAAAAUAUACACCUUCUGAUAUUCGCAGUGAUUUAAAGAUAUAUUUGGGAGUUGAUGUAAAUUACUCGUUGGCUUGGAGGGCUAGAGAAAAGGCUCUAGUUUCAUUGAGGGGGACUGUAGCUGCAUCUUACAGCAAGUUUCCAACAUAUUUGUAUAUGAAGAAUAUUACAUGUCCAGGCUUGCAUAUACGUCUAAAGAAGAUAGAUAAAAAUGAGUUCUUGUAUAUUUUUGUUGCAUUGAAUAGUUUUAUACAAGAUUUUGAACAUUGCAGGUCUGUAAUUGUUGUGGAUGGAAGUCACCUAAGAGGACCGUAUAAUGGAACAUUUGUUGCUGCAAGUACAACGGACGGAGCAGGUAUGAUUCAUUUAUUUUUUAUUGUUCAAUUUUUAUCAAAAUAUUAAUGUGUGUCUAAAUUAAAAUGCAUGACACAUUCUUCCACUGUUAUAUGGUAUUAUUGAUUCGGAAAAUGAUGCAGCUUGAUUUUGAUUUUUUCUACAACUAAGGGAGGCUUAUGGUGAAAUGAUUAAUAUGUGUGUAGUGUCAGAUAGAAAUGAAAGUAUCAUAAAGGCAGUGACUCAAGUGUAUAGAAAUGUGCCACAUUAUGCUUGUAUGUGGCACUUGUGGGGUAAUGUAGAGAAGAAAUUUAGGAAGGCAUCAAGGAGCUAAGUCCUGUGUAUUAUACAAUGGCAAAGACUUGCAACAAAGUUGAGUUUGACAGGCUGAUGGAUACUGUAAAAAAAGUUGAUGUAGAUGUUAAAGAGUAUUUGGAGCUAGCUGGAUAUGAUAAGUAGUCAAGGUGUCCUGCAGAAACUCAUCGGGGAUGGGCUAUGACGUCUAAUAUUGCAGAGAGUAUAAAUGUUGCCUUAGUAUCUUCAAGGAAAUUACCAAUAUUCAAUUUUCUGGAAGAGGUCAUACUGAUAUUUGGGAGAUGGAAUCAUGACAACAAACACGAGGGAGUCUGCACAUUUACUCCGUUGAUUGGAAAAGCUCAAAAUUUACUAAUCGAAUAUGAAGCAAUGAACACACGAAUUGGGGUUGUGCCGUCAACUGAAUACAUAUACAAUGUGACUGAUGAUGGUAGGAGUUUUAUGGUCUGUUUAAAGAAUAAAACAUGCAGCUGUGAGAAGUUUCAAUAUGAAGAAAUUCCUUGUGAACAUGCUUGGGUUGUACUGAAGCGCAAAAGUCUAGUAGCCCAUGGAUAUUGCUCAGAUUUGUAUAAACCAAAGACGAUUUUGAAGAUUUAUGAGAUACCAAUCUAUCCAUUGCCUUCCUCUUCAGAAUGGGUCAUACCUGAAGCCAUAAUGUAUGAUGAAGUCCGACCUCCAAAAUUCAAAAGACCUCCCAAAAGGCCUAAAAAUAAACUCCGUUCAAAAACUAAACGUGAAUUGCUUGGACUAAAAGGAAAGCAUACAUGUAGUACAUAUGGAUUUGCAGGUCACAAUAGGCGUUCAUGUAGAAAUAGACCUCAAGAAGUUUAAUAAGUUUUUACGAUUCUAUUAAACUUUAAAAUUUGAUUUGAUAUACCAUUGAAUUUUAUUCUGAA